ACCCCCCGACCCGUGAUGGAGGAGAAACGCCGGGACGCGGGGAACUCACCGGCGGGCAGCUCAGCCGAGCAGGAGCCGUCAUCAACACGCCGUCGAGCAGGAGCACAGAAGAGAAAAGCUAAUUCUCUUUCAGGGUCCAGCUCUUCAUCAACGCCGUCGAAACGGACUGCUCGAGAGAAGUCAAACUUGAUCUCCCACUCUCUGAUCAACCAUAAUGGUCCUUUAACUAGGGCUCGCCAAGCGCCUAGUGGCAACCUAGCGUUGGGUUUCGGUUUGGGAUCGGUUGGUGUGAAGCGAGAAACGAGUUUGGUGAAAGAGAGUGUGAAGGCUGAAGACUUGGAGGAGUUGAACAAGGCAAGUGAAGAGUGGGAGGCUUUGGAAGCGAAAAUUGAGGCUGAGUUUGAGGCUGUUAGAUCUCGUGAUAGUAAUGCGCAUGUGGUUCCUAAUCAUUGCGGAUGGUUUUCAUGGACAAAAGUUCACAAUCUGGAGGAGUGUGUCUUGCCUUCUUUCUUUAAUGGGAAAUCCCCAAUACGUACCCCUGAUGUGUACAUGGAGAUACGUAAUUGGAUUAUGAAGAAAUUUCAUGCAAAUCCAAGUAUGCAAAUUGAGUUGAAAGAUCUGUCGGAUCUUGAAGUUGGUGACAUGGACGCAAGGCAGGAGGUAUUGGAGUUCCUGGACUACUGGGGUUUGAUUAACUUCCAUCCAUUCCUUCCAGUUGAUUCUGCUGUGCCCACUGCCAAUAGUGAUGGGAUGGCCAAAAAGGAUUCCUUACUUGAAAAAUUGUUUCGCUUUGAGGCAAUUGAAUCACGCCCACCAGUUGUUCCCGGGCCUAGCCUUUCAACUCCAUCUGUACCAUAUGGGUUUCUUCCAGAGUCUGCAAUUGUUGAGGACUUGGUCAGACCUGAGGGGCCAGCUGUUGAGUACCAUUGCAAUUCUUGUUCAGCUGAUUGCUCCCGGAAACGCUACCAUUGCCAGAAGCAGGCAGAUUUUGACUUAUGUUCUGAUUGCUUUAGCAAUGGGAAGUUCGGCUCCGGCAUGUCUUCUUCAGAUUUUAUUCUCAUGGAGCCUGCUGAGGCCCCUGGUCUUAGUGGCGGCAAGUGGACAGAUCAGGAAACCCUCCUUCUCCUUGAGGCACUUGAACUCUAUAAAGAAAACUGGAAUGAGAUUGCGGAGCAUGUUGCUACAAAAACCAAAGCUCAAUGCAUACUGCACUUUGUUCAAAUGCCAAUUGAGGACGUAUUCUAUAAUUGUGACAAUAAUAUAGAUAACAAUUCCAAAGAAUCUACUGGACCUGCUGCAAUGAGUGAUGAAACAUCUGUCUCUAAAGAUGUCUCUGAAAAGACAGGGAGCAAGACUACUCCUCAAGAGGAUCAGGCCCAGACUACAUCGAUGGAAACUUCAAAACCUGAAGAUGAAAACGAAGUGAGAGUUAGUGUGGAAACGUUGAAACCAGAAACUGGAACUGAUGCUAAAGUUGAUCCAGAAACAUCAAAGCCAGAAGAAACUAAUGAAGCAAAGGGUGGACAAGACACAAAUGAAAACUGUGCACUUAUCGCUCUAAGGGAGGCAUUUGAAGCUGUUGGUUAUAUUUUAACGUCUGAAAGCUCACUCUCAUUUGCUGAUGUGGGAAAUCCUGUCAUGGCAUUGGCAGGUUUUUUUGCACAGCUGGUUGGACCCAAGAUUGCUGCUGCUUCAGCCCAAAGUUCACUGAAAUCCUUAUCAGGUAGUUCUCCCAGUGUUCAACUGGCUGCAAGGAACUGCUUUCUUUUGGAAGAUCCUCCAGAUGACAAGGAACCAAAUGCUUCUGAAAGUGUUGUCAAUGGUAUGGCUAAUCGGGAUGCUCAGAAUGUGGAAAACCUGGAAGAAAAAAGCCCCAAGGAGGAUAAGUCUACCCCAGUUCUGGAUCAGAAAAAUUCAUUGAGCAACCAUGGUGACCAAAACGCUGAAGUUUCUGUUCCUGAAGAAAAGGUGACAUCAGCUUCACCUAAUGAGCUAUCCACCGAUAAAAAAGAGCCAAACACUUUAGCAACUAAUGAGGAAGAUAAAGAGGCUAAUUUGAAUGAAUCCAGCAUUAUUGAUCAAUCAAAGGAUCAUCAACCAAGCUUAAUGAAGGAAUCAGAUAACUUGGCUUCCCAGGUUUUGCUAAGUUCUGUCGAGGAGACAGGGGGGAAGGAAACCUUAGUGGAAGAGCCUUCUCAGCCUACAGAGUCAGUGAAGGAAGUGGACAUGACUGACUCUAUUCCAUUGGAAAAGAAUGAACCUUGUGAUGCAGCUGUAUCAAAGCCAGUUGGAGAGCUAUCUGAACCAGCAGAGGCUUUACAAAAUGUAGAGACAGUUCCUGGUUCUCCAUCCAGAGGGAAGAAUGAGCAACAACCAGUUAAAUCAACUUCUGUUGGAGAACCUACACAGCCUACAGAGGUAUCAAAUGAUGUUGAAAUGGUGUCUGAUUCACAACCAUUAGAAAGGAGUGAGCCUCAUCAAUUAGUCACAUCAAAUAAUUUGAACGAAAAUGGAGCAACCACAGAUGAGAUUAAAGAAGGUAAAAACAAGAACCAUGAUGCUACAGAGACAAUAGGUGAUCUUAGCAUUGAUAAAUUAAAGCGUGCUGCAGUUACAGCACUCUCAGCAGCAACAGUGAAGGCAAAACUUCUGGCAGACCAGGAAGAGGACCAAAUUCGACAACUUACUACAUCAUUAAUAGAAAAGCAGUUACAUAAGAUGGAAACCAAAUUAGCUUCCUUCAAUGAAAUGGAGGGUGUCAUAAUGAGGGUGAAGGAGCAAUUGGACAGGUCAAGGCAGAGGCUUUACCAUGAGCGAGCACAGAUAAUAGCUGCUCGACUGGGCUUGCCAGCUUCCUCAUCUAGAGCAAUGCCACCUACAAGUACUGCAAAUAGAAUUGCAGCAAACUUCGCAAAUUCUGUUGCAAGGCCUCCUAUGAGCAUGACUGCCCCAAGGCCACCAAUGUCAAGACCCAUGGGGCCUAUGGCUCCUACCCCUCCCAACUCAUUUGUAUCCACAACAGUUGCAGGAAGUUCAAUUCGGCCUGCUAGCUCGGAUAAUCUUUCUUCAGUUGGAUCAAAGUAGUCUCUAUUCAGAUUACUUGUGAAUAGAAAAUUUUCAUCCAUUCUUAUACAACAGCCAUCUAUCAUGAGGUUUACCAGCCACAGCAUUGAUUAUCUCUGAGCAAUCCAGAAGCCACCUCAUACAUUACAUAUUCAGCUGGCAAUGGCAUCUCAUCAUCAUACGAGGAAGGAGCAGAUGCUUGUUGUUCUCCCCUGCAGGGCUACCAUUACUGGGGCUUCGAUCCUAUUUAAGUCAAAAUGGUUGAGUCUUCUAACUUGGAAUUUUCUUCUUGUGUUUGUAUUUUUGUAAGGUUAGUUGAUAAAUUUAGUUAGUGCAAAUUAAACAUCCAUAACCUUUACCAAUUCUUGGGCAUCUUAAGGUGCAAGUGUGGGAGAUGUAACUGAUGUAUUCCAUUUAUGAAUAUGGGCAGAGACGUCUUAAUAUUAUAAAAAUGAUGUAAAUCUUUGAAUCGGAUCUCCCUUGUCUCUGCUGUUCUCUGGA